AUGGCCUGCGGCACAUACUGCUGGGUUCUGAUGGGGCUUUUAGGCCUUAGCUGCGAAGUAACCAAGGCAGUAGAUAAGAUGUGCAUUGAGAUUAUUGCCAACAGAAGCUACAGUUGUGAAGAUUUAGGACUGCGGCAGAUUCCAGAAUACCUGCCUUUCACUACAGAAGUCCUUGAUUUCAGCUUUAACUCCCUUUAUGUCCUUCAACCGUCAACUUUCAGCAAGCUAGAGGAUCUGAUAUCUUUAGACCUAACGAGGUGUCAGAUUAAUUGGAUCUAUGGAGGCGCCUUUCAAAGCAACUCUCACUUGGAGACUAUUGUGUUGACUGGAAAUCUUCUUCUGUUUCUGGCAGAUGAAGCAUUCACUGGACCCAAUUGUUUGAAACAUCUUGAUCUAACUCAAACAGGACUCACUAGUUUAGCGUUUAUCCCAAUGCAAGACCUUGGCAACUUAGAGACCCUGAUAGUGGGAAGCAACUACAUCCAAUCAUUAGAACUCCCACCAGACUUUCCCACUAGGAAUCUCAAGUACCUGGAUUUUCAGAUGAACAUCAUACAGGAAAUAUCGGCUAAAGAUAUAGCAGUACUAAAGAAAACUAGCAAUCUAACUCUCAUUCUUAAAGGGAAUAAUAUUGCACACAUUGAAGGAGGAGCUUUCAGUUCUAUGUUUUUCUACAGUUUGAACUUCGGUGGUUGCACUCAUCUUCCUGCCAUCUUGGAAGGAUUGCAAGGGGCCAAAACAGUUGUUCUUUGGCUUGGGAGCUUCGAUGACUGGGACCAUAGAAUAGACAUAAGCACUCCCAUGCUGCAAAACGUCUGCAACAUCUCUGCAAAUGAUCUCAAUCUGCAGUUUUACCAUUUUAGUCAGAUCUCAGCUGACACAUUUCAGUGUUUGACCAAACUCCAAAAGUUAGAUUUGACCCACACCUCUCUUGAUACGUUGCCUCCUGACAUUGUUGGGAUGAAUAUGCUGAAGCAAUUAAAUCUCAAUAUGAAUAAGUUCACGUACCUCUGUGACAUCCGUUCUGCUGCUUUCCCCAGCUUGACCCACCUCUUCAUUAGAGAUAAUUCUGAGAAACUGAAUUUGGGCUCUGGAUGCUUAGGAACAUUGUCAAAGCUUCAGCACCUGGACCUGAGCAACAGUCAGGUAGAAAGUUCAGACUGCUGUGCCCAGGAACUCCAUGGUUUGAGCAGCUUGCGGCACCUCAACCUGAGCCAUAACAGACGGCUUUUGUUGCACGGCAUAGCCUUUGAAGAGGGUGCUGAUCUGCUGACCCUUGAUCUCACUUCCACACAGGUCACCACUAAAGGGUCCCAAGGACCCUUCCGCAAUCUGCAUCUUCUGCAGUCCCUGAACCUUUCAUACUGUCAGAUUGGCCCAAGUAUUCAGCAUAUCUUGCAAGGUCUAGAGGGGCUCAUUGUUCUGAACCUGCAUGGGAAUAACUUUGAAUCCGGCACAAUGCUGAAUGACAAUGUCUUUCGGCAGACGCCCAAUUUAGAGGUAUUAAUUUUAUCUUCCUGUGAAUUGCCAGCUAUACAAACCAAAGCAUUUUAUGCCCUCAGGAAGUUAAAGCACAUGGACCUGAGCUACAAUAACCUUAUUGCAUUCAGUUCAGAUGCCUUUUCCAAUCUCAGGAGCAUUUAUCUCAAUUUUGCCAAUAAUAAGAUCCGCAUUAUCCCACGUGAUAUGUUGACUAGCCUAUCUGACAAGAGUGUAAUCAAUUUAAGUUACAACCCACUGGAAUGCACCUGUUCCAAUAUUGGAUUAACAACUUGGUACAAGCAAAACAUAGAUAAAAUUGAGGACUCUGAAAAGACUGUGUGCUCGGAGCCCAAAUCACUAGAUGGUGUUAAGCUCUCCUCUGUAAAUCUGUCCUGCAGACAUCUCACUGCACAAAUAAUAUUGAUUGCCUUCGUUGCAAUAACUGUAAUUGCAGCAUCCUUAAUUCUGAUCAUACGUUUUUUAAAAAGGAAGUACCAACAAAUUUGA